GCCUGGUUGGAUUUCCGCACCGUCGGCGGGCAGGAGACUAGAAAGCAGCGGGUGGCUUGCGGAAAGGGGCUGGGCUCGCUGUCCCUUCUCCGCCCGUUGCAGGGCGGGGGCUGCGGGAUCCGAGAGAGGCUUGGUGCGGCCGUCGUGGUGCCCUCCGCUGUCCAGAGGGCCCGCAGGUAACAGAAUUCAAUUACAAUGGGGAACGUUUUUGACAAACUGUUUAAAAGUCUAUUUGGGAAAAAAGAGAUGCGGAUUCUUAUGGUGGGUUUGGAUGCAGCUGGAAAAACCACCAUCUUGUAUAAAUUGAAGCUGGGAGAGAUUGUGACUACCAUCCCUACAAUAGGUUUCAAUGUGGAGACGGUAGAAUAUAAAAACAUCAGCUUCACAGUCUGGGAUGUUGGUGGCCAGGACAAAAUCAGACCUUUGUGGCGACAUUAUUUCCAGAACACCCAAGGUCUGAUUUUUGUGGUUGACAGUAAUGAUAGAGAGCGGGUCAAUGAGGCCCGAGAAGAACUAACCAGAAUGUUAGCAGAAGAUGAGCUCAGAGAUGCAGUUUUGUUGGUGUUUGUAAAUAAACAGGAUCUUCCCAAUGCUAUGAACGCAGCAGAGAUAACAGACAAGCUCGGCUUACAUUCCCUCCGCCAGCGAAACUGGUACAUUCAGGCUACUUGUGCCACCAGUGGAGAUGGGCUUUAUGAAGGCCUGGACUGGCUCUCCAACCAGCUCAAAAACCAGAAGUGAUCGGAAGUGAUCUAUUCCCUGUGCAUCGUGGCAAAAUCAGCUGGCCUCUUCUGUGUGCAUGUGUGUGUGUGAGGAGCCAAGUGUGGGUGUGUGGCUGGGAGUGGGAGCAGCUUUCUCACACCGUGCCUUAUACAUGCUGUAAGAAAACCUGUCCUACAUUUUAAGAAAAACCAGUGUUACAUUUUAAAUGCUACCUUCUGUUUCAAUAGCUUUGAUGAUCAGUUUUGCAGUUGAUGGCGGAGUCCAGAGGGCUCACUGGUGCACGAUAGCCAGAGUGGUCUUUGUGGUGGGAAUGCGGGGGAGAGUUGGCGUGUGGACUGAGUUCAUUUGUGCAGUCCUGGAUCUGGCGUCUGCACACCUGGGGUCCUGUUAGACUUUGGUGUCCUUUUGUAAAUAGGAAGGAACUGUCAUUCUUUCCCAUCACUGCCAGAGAUAGCAGCUCACUUUUCAAUGCUUUAAAGCAAACGAUCCUCAAGAAAAAAAGGCACUUGCUUGCCACAGGAUGGAAGUUCAGAUUUGAACUUUUCCCUUAAAUUAUAUUCAGCCUAGACUUCCUGGUUUAACGUGCUUUAUUUAAAGGAACCAGUUAUCUUUUUCAUUAGAGUAUCAAGACUCUGUAACACUUGAAAAUUAUCCAGUCCUUCCCUUAUGCUAGUUCCUGCCCUUAUUUGCCAAAUGGAGACCAAAUUGGGUAAUAACCCAACAUGAGGCUGAGGCUCUUACUGGGGCCACACAGUCAAGCGAGGGUCAGGUUAAGGAAGCGAGGUGACAUCAUGUUUGUGUCCUACAUCACCGUCUCAGGCGUAGGCUCGUGAGACUGCUGCUCCCACUGCUCUCUCUGUGCUGAAUGCUCUGCGCUCGAAGCAGGAGGUUUGCUCCUGGGAUGGACUCAUCACCAUGUACCGUCUCUUAGGCCAACUUUUGGUUUGGGUUAGUUUCUGUUCCCAGAACCACAUGCCUGUGAGUUCUGAAAGUUUGUGAGAGAAUUAAGAAGUUGAUUUUGGGGACAAAAUUCCUGGCAACCCUUGGUAUUGCCCCCAAGUUGGUGCUCAAUUUUGCUAUGAAAAAUGUCUAGUCUAGACUGCUCUCCGUGGCACUGACUCCCUCUUCUGGAUGGCAAUAAUGUCUUCUGUGGAAAUGUGCUUUCUUUGUCUUUAAAAUAUUGAUAGAAAUGGCUUGGAAAUGAGCUCAGUGCCCUCAGUUGUCUAGAGCUCUUUUGCCCAGAUGGCUGUUGGCCAAAUUUGUACCUAAGCUUUAUGUUUUAAAAUUCCUUUUUCAAAAAACCUUUAUUCAAAUUACAGAGGAGGGGAAUGUACGGUGAAUUUUAACAAAAGUAAACCUUGUUUAUUGAUAUCGAUGGAGUUGCUGUUACUAGGAAGAAAUUUCAUACUGUGAUAAAUGUAGGGUGUAAUGUUUUUCUUUAAAAUAUUGACUUUAAAGAAUGUUCAUUUCAACACUUGCAACUAAGUCCAGAUUUGAUUUUUAACCAUGGAGUAAUUCCUGAGAAAUGUCCAGAUUGUGUGCCUCAAAUUGGCAGGGACUGUGUCUUAGGCUUUUGUGUUUAUGUUUAGUACAGUGUACCUCGUAUGGUGCUAGGCCUCAUGAGACACGUGUUGGUUGGUUGGACAAUAAAGAACUUGCUCUGGAAGGAGCAGAGGACCGCCA